GGAAAGACUAAAAAGGUGUUGAAGUCUAUCGAUUAUUCGCCUUCAUUCAGACAUAGUUAACUAGCCACUGUGUUGAGCUGCCAAAUACCUUAAUUCUAAACUAGUCACCAACCCGUGGGAUAUGGACCAGCGAAAGACCCCAAGACCCGGCAACUCGGAAUCAGGCAAAGCCAAAUAUCGCCCUCAGCAAUCCUGUCUUAGAUGUAGGGAAAGAAAAGUUAAAUGUGACCGAGCAAAGCCGUGCGGUGCAUGCUGCGCCCGCGGCUUGGAAUCUGAAUGCCAAUAUACCACGAACAGUGAGGAGCGUUUCCAGAUAGGCCAGGCGGAAACGAUCGAAAAUCUCCGGAGACAGGUCAGAGAACUGAGAAAGCUUCUGAGGGAGACGCAGCCACCUGGAGAGUCGGGCAGUAGCGGAGAUCUCCAAGUGGAAGUUUAUAGACCGUUUGGAGCAUCCGAAGUUCAAGCCUCACAUGCGGCAGCGGCUUCUGACUCUCCGGGACUUGUCCCUCAGUCGAGAGCAGAAUCUGCAGAUACUUUCCAGAAUCCAGGCAGCACUGGAAAUGUCCCGAUUGGAUUCGCGUAUGACCAACCCAUUGCACCUGCUAAUAGCACUGCUGGCAUCCUCUCAGACCCAGAACGCUGGAAAGGAAAGACGGUAAUACUACAAGAGAUUCUGGAUACGAUCAGCGCCUGCGACGACAGUCGAAUCUCGCCGUUGAUCCAUAUUAUUCGAACAAGUCCUACGCCAGAAGAUGCCUUUAUGUCGAUAUACCAGAGCAUCCAAUAGAUGCAUACGUACAUACAUAUAUAGCACGUUUCGAUUUCUUUGCCCGUUCAGACUUUGCCUGCUUCAAGAGCCAAUCUGUCAAUACCCUUAGCUGCGUUUGAUACCAUCUUGCCAUCUAUCUUGUUGCACAGUCUUGGUGGACAGAGACCUGUGCGUAGAUAGCCGUGGCCGCGUGUUAUGAUGAUUUGACGUUCGUUCUGCGGGCAAUGAUGGUUACACUAUAUCUUUUGGUACCGGAUACUAUCUAGUGAGUCUUGACUACAUUUGC